AUGCCGCAGCACAUGAUGUUCAUGGCCCCUGAUCACGCCUCCAUUGAAACCCUAGGUCGCGUGCAACUUGGCUCCUUACAAUUCUCUCCCACCCAUCCAAGCAGUCAAGCAUAUCUCAAUCGCAAGGUCGAUGAGUUGACCAAGAGGUUCAAGGACCAAAAGAACUUGGUUGGUCGACUACUUGGGCAGAUUGACUUGAUCCACGACUUUGGACUUGGACUUGUUGGUGAGAAAAAAAUGAUGGACAAACGGACCGACAGACAACUUGAGAGGUCUCAGGGAGAUCAUGCAUGA